AGCAAUUGUCCCACCAAAUCACUCCGGUGUAAUUCAAGAUGUUCGCCCCUACUGCUCGCCGCGCCGCGGCCCAGGCCUCCGCCUAUGCGCCCAAGUACUACAUCCCCCGCACCGCCGCCGGUAUGACCCUUGGCACAGCCAUCCAGCUUGGUUCCGUCGCUGCUGGCUUCGGUGUCGCCCUUGGUUCCGGUGCCCUCUUCAUCUUCGGCGAGGUUCCCCGUGUGCGCAACGAUGUCCUCCGCAAGCUUCCUUUCUUCGAUACCUACUACGACCGCACCAUUGCCCCCGAGGACAACCCCUUCUAA